GAAGCCUUCACGCCUCCACCACAUGCAGUGGUGCACUGGGAUGAACGUCGUGGGAGAAGAAGAACACCGACAGGCCAUCUUCAUCUCAGGGCGCGGCCAUGAGGAAGGGAAGCUGCUUGCUGUCUUGCCAGUGAAGGACGGCACUGGCCUGACCCAGGCACGCGCAACAGCUCGUGCUAUCGAGGACUGGAGCUGCGCUUCAAACGUCAAGGCACUGUGCUUUGAUACAACGUCGUCCAACACAGGGCGAGUCCAAGGUGCGGUUGUCCAUCUGGAGGCGCUGCUGGAAAAACAGCUGUUGAGGCUUGGGUGCAGACACCACGUCAUGGAACUGGUGGUGAGAGUCGCUGCCAGCAACAUCUUCGGCAAAACAUCGGCCCAUACGGACCCUCUCUUCCAGACUCUUAAGAAAAGGUGGAGUCAACUAGAUCACUCUCAGUAUCUCAGGCUGGACAUUGCAAAUCUACCAGAGUCUGACUGGCUCAGUCACCUCCGACACAGGACCGUUAGCUACCUGCUGACCGUCACAGAAUGGGCCAGAGAGGAUUACCGAGAAGCAGCAGAACUAACGCUCCUCGUCCUCGGUGUGAAUCCUCCGCGCGGCACGCACUUUCUGCGUCCUGGCGCAUGUCACCACGCUCGCUGGAUGGCGAAGAUCAUAUACUACCUCAAGAUCUACAUGUUUAGCCACCAGCUAGAGCUCAGCAGUGACCUGUGCGUCAAGCUGCAGAGGAUGGCGAUCUUUGUGUCUCUGCUGUACACACCGGCGUGGCUGAAAUCACCAGUAGCCGAGGAUGCGCCUGUGAAUGACCUGCAAUUGCAUCACGAACUCCUCCGCUACAAGGCCGUGGACUGUGAGGUGGCUGAUGCGGCGCUGGCGGUCGCGAGCCGCCACCUGUGGUAUCUAAGGCCACAGACCGUAACCAAUGACGUGGCCGAAAGGGGAAUAAAGCUUAUGCAGUACUUCAAUGGUUCAGUCACGAAGGAUGAGCAGCAGCUGCAGGAUGUCAUGCAACUUGUGGAAAAGCACAGGAAGCAGAUGAGUGGCUUCAGCAAGUCUGCUCUGAUGCAACUUCACAAGUACCCAACCCAGACAGUCACCAGUACCAAGCCCAGACAGUCACCAGUACCCAAGCCUGAGAGUCACCAGUACCCAAGCCUGAGAGUCACCAGUACAACAGACCUGAGAGUCACCAGUACCCAGGCCUGA